UGAAUUCUCAAACCCUAGAAUCACAUUAGCAGCCGAGCGGCAAACUGCAGGGCGCAAGUCUCCACUGAUCUCAUUUGCUUGAGCUUAAAAAUGUCUCUUGGAGAGGUUGCUUGCACUUACGCGAUUCUGAUCCUUCACGACGAUAACAUUCCGGUUACUGCCGAGAAGAUAUCAACCUUGGCGAAAGCGGCAAAUGUUGAUGUUGAAUCUUAUUGGCCAAGCUUGUUCGCUAAACUCGCUGAGAAGCGAAACAUUGAGGAUUUGAUAUUGAAUGCUGGAGGAGGUGGGGCUCCAGUUGCAGUUGCAGCUCCAGCUGCAGCUGCUGGUGGCGGCGCUGCGGCGGCUCCUCCUCCUGCUGAGGAGAAGAAGAAGGAAGAACCCCAAGAAGAGAGCGAUGAUGACAUGGGAUUCAGCUUGUUUGAUUAGCAAGGCCUUUCAGUAUGGUCUGGUCUUUUUUUAUUUUGUCACUCCAAGGGUAUUUUAGCUCUGCGGAUUUUGUAGGUGCCCCUUUGUGUUUCUUACAAAUAUAUGAGUUAAUCUUGAGUUUGCAGUGCCGGUGAUCUGAAUUUGAGAAUGUUAAUUUCUAUUCAAUUUAAAAAUUUAAACAGGA